AUCCAUCAGUCACCCAACGACCCAACCCAAUUGUCCCAUUUGCCCAUUUCCAUUUGUCCGUUUGUGUCAUUAAAUGGUUAUGUUACAAAAGUGUAAAAAUUGUAACUAGUAGUACUUAAUAAAUGAAAAUGAUUCCCUUAGAUGAAUAUACCGUGCGAAACACAAUAUUAUUCCUUUUGUGGGCAGAGUUUAUAUGGGAAACAUAUUUAUCAAUAAGACAGUUCAAUAAAGCUAAGAGUGCGAAUGAAGUGCCAGAUGCAUUAACAAGUGUAAUGAGCACAGAAGAAUUCCAGAAAGCAAAGGACUAUUCGAUAGCAAAGUUGAAAUAUGGUUUACUAAAAGACACUCAUUCUAUAAUAUUGACGUCAACUGUAAUCUACUACGGCCUUUUGGCCACUGCAUGGGACUAUUCGGAAUCGAUAAACCCUGUAAGAGGAGAAGUUACCACCAGCUGUAUAUGGUUAUUUGUAUUAUCGUUAAUUUCAACCAUUCUUGAUCUUCCUUUAAAUAUUUACUAUACGUUUAUACUGGAAGAAAAAUAUGGUUUUAAUAAGCAGACUGCGGGAUUUUAUGUUUGGGAUAAAAUCAAGGCGUUUUUCGUUAAUCAAAUAAUAGUGGGUAUGAUCUCGUCUGUUGUAAUAGUUAUUAUCAAAAACGGUGGGCCUUACUUCUUCGUAUGGUUGUGGGCUGUAGUGUGCGUCAUAUCCAUGAUUCUACUGACGAUAUAUCCCGCCGUUAUAGCUCCAUUGUUCGAUAAAUACACUCCACUUCCCGAAGGAGAGCUACGAACCCAAAUUGAAGAAUUAGCCUUAAAACUUAAUUUUCCCUUGACGCAGUUAUAUGUAGUGGAAGGUUCGAAGCGUUCGUCCCACAGUAACGCAUAUUUCUAUGGUUUAUUCAAGUCGAAACGCAUCGUCUUGUUCGACACUCUCUUGGCGAAGGACGACGGCACGGGUUGUAAAAACGAUGAAAUUCUAGCUGUUCUGUCCCACGAACUGGGCCACUGGAGCCACGGUCACAUCAUAAAGAACUUAAUCCUAGUCCAAGUAAAUCUAUUCCUCUUAUUCGCAGGAUUCUCUAUAAUGUUCAAAUAUUCUCCUCUGUACAAAGCCGUCGGGUUCUACAACACGCAACCCGCCUUGGUAGGACUUUUCGUGGUGCUACAAUACGUAAUGAUGCCUUACAACACUAUGUUAAACUUCCUCAUGACAUGCCUCUCUCGUAAAUUUGAGUUUCAAGCCGACAACUUUGCGGUUAACUUGGGGAAAGCCAAACCUCUCGAGAAGGCCUUGCUGCAGCUGAAUAAGGACAAUCUAGGGUUUCCGAUAAACGACGACUUGUACUCAGCCUGGCACCACUCGCAUCCACCUCUGUUAGAGAGAAUCGCCGUACUGAGGGAAAGUGCGCGUAAGUUGAACUAGUUUUGUAUUUACAAACAUUAAACACGCCAAAGUGUCGAGGUAAGGCUCUACGUGUCCAUAUUUUUGUAUGUGUAGCUUUCAUAGGAUACUUGGAACAUUUCUUGUACCAUUUAUAUCUUGGUCCCCCAACACAGCAUUUGUAAAUUGAAUUAAUAAAUUUUUAGUUUAAGAGA